AAUUUACCCAUAUUAAAAUUCCAUAAAUAUAAAAAACAAAAAAAAAAAAAAACUUGAAAGGGAUAUAAAAUAUUAAAUCCAUAAAAUAAGGACUAUAAAUUUGAAAAAUUAUUCUUGAACUUACAAGGGUGGGUUUGUUUUCCUUCAAACACAGUCUAGUCUCUCUUUCUCUUUCCCCUUGACUCUUGUGUUGUGUCUAGGAAACAACACUCAAUAUUUUCUUUCCAUCUCUAUUCUAUUUCCUUCUUCAUUCACAUUCACAUUCACAUUCACUCUCUCUAAUCUCUAUUCAUUCAUUCAUUCAUUCACCCAUUCUUCUUCUUCUUCUUCUUCUCUAGGGUUCUCAUUCUCAUUCUCAUCUUCUCCCCCAUUCUCCAAUUCCUCUUGGGUGAUGCUUGAGAAAUGGACAUGGUGCUGAAUCCGUGUCAAAACAGGGAAGGUUCGCUGAUGAUGGCGGCGGCGGCUCCCAUGCAGGUUGAUGGGGUCCACUUUGCCAAUGGAGCUGAUGAAGGGCAACAUGCUCCGGCCACCGUUGCUGCUUCUGCAUCCAAUGCUUCUGCUCCCCACCCUCGCGCCGGUGAACUCACCAUUUCAUUUGAAGGCGAGGUUUAUGUUUUCCCGGCGGUUACGCCAGAAAAGGUGCAGGCUGUACUAUUACUCUUGGGCCAGAAGGACAUACCCAAUAGCACCCCCAACUCUGGCCUUUUACAACAGAAAAACUUUCCGCAAAUUAAGGGAAUAAAUGAUCCUUCCCAAAGUUCAAACCUCUCGCGAAGAUUUGCAUCACUUGUUAGGUUUCGUGAAAAACGAAAAGAGAGAUGUUUUGAGAAGAAAAUUCGGUAUACUUGCCGUAAAGAGGUUGCCCAGAGGAUGCAUCGUAAGAAUGGACAAUUUGCAUCAUUGAAGGAAGAUUACAAAUCUCCGGCUGGAAACUUGGAUUCUAGCAAUGGUACUCCUCCUUGCCCAGAAUCUAUUGAACGAAGAUGCCAGCAUUGUGGAACUAGUGAGAAGUCUACUCCAGCUAUGCGUCGAGGACCAGCUGGUCCAAGAUCUCUGUGCAAUGCCUGUGGGCUUAUGUGGGCAAAUAAGGGAACUCUGAGAGAUCUCAGCAAAGCAGCAAAGACUCCUUAUGAACAAAAUGAACGGGAUACUUCAGCUGAUAUGAAGCCUUCAACAACAGAACCAGAAAAUUCUUGUGCCGACCAGGCUGAAGAGGGAACCCCUGAGGAAAAUAAGCCAGUGCCAAUGGAUUCCAGAGAGACACCUGAGAAGAAAAAUGAACAGGAUAUACUUGGAACUGCGCAAACAGUCACUGACAACUUGUCCAUCCAAUUGGAGAAUCAUGCCCUUAGUCUGGACGAGCAGGAUAUUGAGGAUCUAGCUGAUGCUUCUGGGACUGAAUUUGGGAUUCCUGCAGGUUUUGAUGAUCAGAUUGAUAUUGAUGUUUCCAACAUGAGGACUUACUGGCUGUGAUCUAGACGAAUGUGCAGUGCUGGUUCAGCUUGGUUUAACUAACAUUGGACUUCCAGAAAUGGUUUCUGUUUUAUAGACAAACUAUUUUUGGAAGCACUGUGAAUUAUAUAUAUAGUCGUGGACUUAAAAUAUUCUUACAUCAUAGUUCUUGUACAUCCCCUUGGGACCGGAUUUCAUUUAUAUAUUGUGAAUAGUUCUGUUUU